AUGUUUUACUUGUCUGUCUGUAUACUUGUCCUCGUUAUUUCACACGCACGCAUGCGCUAUAGUGACUUCUGUCCACAUCUAUCUAUCUAUCUAUCUAUCUCAGUCUGUUCAUAUCAAUCAAUUUAUCUCAGUCUGUUUCUAUCUAUCUAUCUAUCUAUCUAUCUAUCUAUCUAUCUAUCUAUCUAUCUCAGUCUGUUCAUAUCAAUCAAUUUAUCUCAGUCUGUUUCUAUCUAUCUAUCUAUCUAUCUAUCUAUCUAUCUAUCUAUCUAUCUAUCUAUCUAUCUAUCUAUCUAUCUCAUCUAUAUCAAUCAAUUUAUCAGUCUGUUUCUAUCUAUCUAUCUAUCUAUCUAUCUAUCUAUCUAUCUAUCUAUCUAUCUCAGUCUGGUCAUUAUCUAUCUAUUCCUACCACUCUACUCUUGUCUGGUCCUUCCUUCCUUCCUUCCUUCUUCCUUCUAUCUAUCUAUCUAUCUAUCUAUCUAUCUAUCUAUCUAUCUAUCUAUCUAUCUAAGGGCAGAUAGUGCUAAUCGCCUAGAUCACAUAUCUUUCUUUCUUUCUUUCUUAUUUUCUUCUUUUUCUAUUCUUUCUUUUUCUUUCAUUCAUCGCUUUUCUUCUUUCUUCUUCGUUCUUUUAUUUAUUCCUCUUUUUUCGAUGUUCUUCUCCGUCUUCUCUUUCUUUUUUCUUUCUUUCUUUCUUUCUUUCUUUCUUUCUUUCUUUCGUUGCUGUUCUUAUUUUCUUCGUUUUCUAUUUUCUUCUUUCUUUCUUUUUCUUUCAUUCUUCGCUUUUCUUUUUUUCUUUCUCCGCUUUUCUUCUUUCUUUUAUUUAUUCCUCUUUUUUCGAUGCUCUUUUCCUCCUUCUCUUUCUUUCUUUCUUUCUUCCUUUCUUUCUUUCAUUCUUUCUUUCUUUCUUUUCUUUUUUCUUUCUGUCCUUGAUUUUCUUCUUGUUUAUUUCUUAUAUUUAUAUUUAUUCUCCUUUCCUUUUUUUACGAUAAUUCUUUCUUUCUUUCUUUCUUUCUUUCUUUCUUUCUUUCUUUCUUUCUUUCUUUAUUCGAUCUCUCGAAUGAUCUUCCGUUAA